AUGCUUGCCUUAAUUGCUCUUGGUGUAGGAAUUUUAACCAUUGCUAAAACGGAAAAAGCCAGUAGCAUCAUGCUUUUUUCAAAUUUGGGCUUCUAUUCCAAAGGUAUAGAAUUUAAAGCUCCGGAAUAUUACAACGACGUGACACAGAAUAAGGUCAAAAGAGAGAAUGCCACGUUAUUUUCAUUGGUGCGAAAUAGUGAGUUGGAUGGUAUGCUCUCAUCGAUUAAAUAUGUUGAAGAAAGAUUCAAUAAUCGUUUCCACUAUGACUGGGUGUUCAUGAACGACAAGCCAUUUACCGAAUAUUUUAAAGGUAAUGUGAGUGCAGCUGUCAGUGGCAGAGCAAUCUUUUCCGAGAUACCAGAAGAGUUCUGGGAUAUACCAGACAGUAUAGAUAAGGACGAAAUGAAGAAAGAUAUGGACUUCAUGGCAAGAGAGCAAGUCCUUUACGCAAGAAAGGUGACUUAUCGCCAAAUGUGUCGUUUCAACUCGGGAUUUUUCUAUAAAAUGCCCGUUAUGAAUACGUAUCAGUAUUAUUGGAGAGUGGAACCUUUCAUUAGAUUCUAUUGUGACAUAGCGGAAGAUCCAUUCAAGAUUAUGCACGAGGAGAAACGUGCUUAUGGUUUUACUAUGGCAAUGCUAGAGGACAGAAAAACAAUCCGACAGUUGUGGAGUAACACGUUGGAGUUUUUUGAAAGUGAACAUCCAGAGUAUGUUGGAAAGCGGAACAGCAUAAAGUUCAUUACACAUGAUUCGGAAACGCAUACAUUUGAGCCUAGAAAUUAUAAUCUUUGUCACUAUUGGUCCAAUUUUGAGAUUGCAGAUUUGAAUUUCUUUCGAUCCAAGGAAUAUGAGGAUUACUUUCAAUAUCUUGAUGCCACGGGGAACUUUUUCUACGAGAGAUGGGGCGAUGCACCUAUUCACUCACUAGCUGUCUCAUACCUUCUUCCAUUCAAAAAAAUUCACUAUUUUGCCAACACUGGUUACUACCAUAAACCUAAUUUCGAUUGUCCAUCUGAUCCAGACAUAUUUAAUGCACUCCAUUGCAAAUGUGAACCUGCCCGAAGUUUCACAAAUUUAGCUUACUCGUGUGUUCCACGUUUCCUUUUAGCAGAGAAGGCCGAUUUGGAAGAAAACACAAAGGUCUAA